AUGGCCGUCACCUCUGCCCAGUAUCUGCCGGGUUCGGUUGACAUCCCGGUAGCACAAUUUCCUCCGACCCUCACAUCCACCAAUGUCGACCCCGAAAGUGUUGCCUCGCAGCUGGUGGAUAAGAUCAACACGGCGCUGAGCCAAAGGGACUUUGAGGCUAUCAGCGGUCUCUUCCUGGAAGAUGGGUACUGGCGUGACCAUCUCUGUCUGACGUGGGACUACCGUACCGCCAAAGGUCGUGACCAGAUCCAGGCCCUCCUCAAAUCCGCACAAUUGCCCACCAAAAUCGAUAUUGAUCGAUCGACCGGGCUGCGCACACCUCACGUGGGCCCAAUCGACGCGUUCGGCGACGUCAAGGGCGUCGAGUUCUUCAUCAAAGUUUCCAGCCCUGUCAUCAGCGGAACGGGGGUCGUACGCGUUGCCGAAGUCAACAGUGAAUGGAAGAUCUUCACCUUCUUCACAUCCCUUCAGAACUUGGUUGGUUACGAAGAGAGAGUAGGCCAUCGUCGGCCGCUGGGAGUGCAGCAUGGCGAGAACAAGGACAGAAAGAACUGGCAGGACCGGCGAAACGCAGAGAGUAACCUGGAGGGCAACCCUCCGCCGGUUUUGAUCAUCGGUGCCGGACAAGCGGGCCUCAGCGUGGCCGCCCGUCUGAAAAUGCUCGACAUCGACAGCCUGAUUAUCGACGAAGAGGAGCGUGUCGGAGACAACUGGCGCAAGCGAUACCAUCAGCUGGUGCUCCACGACCCGGUGUGGAUGGACCAUCUCCCAUACGUGCCAUUCCCGCCCAACUGGCCGGUCUUCACGCCCAAGGACAAACUGGCGGAGUUCUUCGAGUGCUACGUCAAGCUCCUGGAGCUCAACGUCUGGACCCGGACCAGCGUCCAAUCCACAUCGUGGAACGAGGCCGAGAAUGUCUGGACCAUUGACCUGCAGCGCCGCAAGGAGGACGGAAGCAUUGAGACCCGCACCCUGAAACCGCGCCACGUGAUCCAAGCGACCGGCCACUCCGGUAAGAAGGAGAUGCCCAGAUUCAAGGGCCUGGAGAGCUUCAAGGGCGAUCGUCUUUGCCACAGCAGCGAGUUCCCCGGAGUCAGCGACCUCGCGCGACCGCAAGCCAAAAAAGCCGUGGUGGUAGGCGCCUGCAACUCGGGCCACGACAUCGCGCAAGACUACUACGAGAAGGGGUACGACGUGACGAUCGUGCAACGCAGCUCGACGUGCGUGAUCUCGUCCGCCUCGAUCACUGACAUCGGCCUGAAGGGCCUCUUCGACGAGGACAGCCCACCAACCGAGGACGCCGAGCUCUACCUCUGGAGUCUGCCCUGGGAGGUUCUUAAAGCGCAGCAAGUCAAGAUCACGCGCGCGCAGAACCAUCACGACCGCGCCGUGCUCGACGGCCUCGACCGCGCCGGCUUCAAGGUCGACAACGGGCCCGCAGGCGCCGGCCUGAUCAUGAAGUACUUCCAGCGCGGCGGCGGCUACUACAUUGAUGUCGGUGCCAGCCAGCUCAUCGCCGACGGCAAAAUCAAGGUCAAGCACGGCCAGGAGAUUGCCGAGAUCCUACCGCACGGCCUGCGUUUCGCCGACGGCUCCGAGCUCCCCGCCGACGAGAUCGUCCUCGCCACAGGCUACCAGAAUAUGCGGACCCAGGCCCGCCCCAUCUUCGGUGACGCCGUCGCCGACCGCGUCGGCGAUAUCUGGGGCAUGGAUGCCGAGGGCGAGAUGCGGACCAUCUGGCGCCGCAGCGGCCACCCGGGUCUCUGGUUUAUGGGCGGGAAUCUUGCGUUGUGUCGGUAUUAUUCGCGGACGUUGGCGCUACAGAUCAAGGCGUUGGAAGAGGGGAUCGCGAAGUGA